AUGGCAUGGCAAGAUACGCCGACCGUCUACUUCCGCAACAACAACAGCAGCAGCAACAACCAGCAUCAUGAACCGUCGGCAUCUCGCACGGCCUUCUCCCCACCUCCGCCUUCGUCCCCUUCCGCCGCUUCGUCGUCUUCCCAACUCAGUCGAUCCACGGGCGGAGGGAGGAAGCCUCCCAACAUGCCCGACCCACUACAACAGAACGACGACGAUGUUCCUCUGUACGACCCCGGAGGUUUGAUGGUCCGGACGAGGAAGGCGAGUACGGGAGCGAGUAGUCAGGGCACGAGCGGGAGGUCCAGGGAAGGCAGCCUGGUCGAUCAGGGCAGUAGUAGUGUGAUGGCCAGCAGUCCUCCUUCGAUGUUUGUCGGCAGGGGGUUCAUUCCGAGUCGGGACGAUGAUGGGGAUGUCGUGAUGCAGGAUCAUCAGGUGCGUCACUCGGCGUUGGGUUCGGGCACGUGACUUGAGAGGGAGGCCGUACACUGAGACAAUUCUGCGCUUGGCUCGCAGACUUCCACAUCUUCCGCACCUAAUUCAACUACCUUGCCACCAGCUCCUACUGCACUCGUUACCAUCACCCAGGGCGAAGAGCUAGGGGGAUCGUCCUCCCGAUCACUCCCGCUUCACCCGACGACCCGUACCAAGGCCUCGUUCAACCGGCUUAGGGUUGGAUCAUCGGGCGCACCCGCUCCCCCUACAACUACGGCUGAACUCGGCUCGAUCCAAGCCUCACCGUUGCCAGGUCAUUCUUCCGAGAUCGCCAUCCCAGCGAGCGCACAUGGGAUCCCCAUCUCUCGAUCCCGCGCCUCUUCGACCUCGACCACAAACACGACGGGUACGGGACCCGUCUCCCCCGCUGCAUCUUGGCUUUCGUCCUUCUCACCCAGCGCAUCCGUCAAUGGACCUUCGACGAGCUUCGGCAUGCUCAGAGCGGGGGACGAAGAAGGGUUCGUCAUUGGUGGCUAUACGCUCGGACGAGAACUCGGUCAAGGCGCUUUCGGCAUCGUUCGUGAAGCGACUCGCGUCAAGGGGUCGAGUACGGGCGAGCCUGAGAAAGUCGCCGUCAAGAUCAUUCGACACCAGUUGCUGGGGCAUGCGCAGUCGGCGGGAGCGUUCGUGCAGGAACCGGUGUCGAUCGUCGGAGAGGCUCUGAGGAGAAGCGCGAGUGGGUAUCGACUUCCAGCUAGGGAUCGUAGGUUGUCCAAUUUCGAAAGGGAACGUCAUCGAUCGACCUCGUCGCCCGUCCCUUCACCCGAUAAACAAAGCGCAGCGAAUCAAUCGGCUUUCGCAUCCCUCCAACUGAACGAUUCACCGAAACCGACCCCGGAGCCAGAGAUGGAACCGACGACCUCUUUCAUCGAGUCGCUCUUGGCGAGGGAAAUUCACCUGUGGCAACAACUGGCACGCCAUCCGAAUUUGCUCAACCUCUUGACGACGACGAGGACCGACGAUUUCACGUACAUCUUUAUGCCGAUCUGUGAGGGUGGAACACUAUUGGAGUACUUGAAUGCUGGAGGGGUCACCGCCGCGGUUAGGGGAGAUCGCAACAAGCCCAAGUCAAGAUCAUCGAUCGGCCCAGGGUUUGGUAAUGCACAGAACGAGGAUACUACCCCGACACGAGUCGGUCUAUCACCACGCGUCGUCUUGCCCAUCUUUGCGCAACUCGUCGAAGGCUUGUACUACCUCCACGUCGAUGCGCGCGUGCUCCACCGCGACAUCAAGUUGGAGAACAUCUUGUUCGACGAAAAGGAUCAAAUUUGGAAGAUCGCGGAUUUCGGCUUGGCCGAAUCGCUGCUUUCGGCUUAUCCGACUUUACCCGAACCGCCUAGACCAGCAUCACCUACCAAAGGAGGGGGACUUUCGACGCAUGGGUAUGGAUCGAUCACGCCGGGACAAUCGCUCGCCAGUCUGUCUCGUGCCAACUCGGUCUCGAGGCCCGAUCAUCAUCAUCACCAUCAUCAUCACCCCCACGGAUCGGAUCGAUCGACCUCCUUGAACCAUGGAGCACCCGCCCCACUCUUUGACGCCAUAGCCGAACACCUUCAUCCCGCUGGGUCGUUACCGUAUUGUUCACCCGAACAAAUGGCCUCACCAACCCCGAUCCUCUCCCCCUCGAUCGACAUCUGGGCCUCAGGCUGUGUCCUUUACGCCCUCCUCUUCGGCUCGCUCCCCUUCAUCGAUGAAUAUGAACCUCGAUUGAGAAGCAAGAUCAUGAAAGGGAUUUGGGAAAUACCCCCUUCGAGCCCCAAGUUGGACGAGGACGUCAUCGAAGUCUUGCGAGGUUGUCUAUGUUUCGAUCCUACGCAACGUUGGGACGUCGGGAGGAUCAGGGAAUCGAGAUGGUUGCGAGCGUUUUACGACCCUCCUCCUACACCUUCGAGAGGACGACAGAGUGGGAGAAGAAGUUUGUUACCCGUCGGUAAGACCGAUCAGGAAUCGACGUCAUCGUCAUCGAGGUCACCUUCGGCUGUAAGGAAGGCGACGAGAUCGUCCAGUCGUUCGGCGGCAGCGGUCAAGCACUUAGGGAUCUCGGCUCGUACGCGAUCGGUCGAGAGGUCGAAUCUCGAGAAGGAGGAUCGGAAGAUGAGGUGGGAACGAGGAAGGGAAGAACGACGACAGAGUCAGAGUCAGAGUCAGACGCAAACGCAGAAUGGAAGUGUCUGUUCCUCGCGCAGUGCGAGUCGAGGGAGGGAGACCAGCGUCGAUACGACAGGGACGAGUGGGGCUGGAGCGAGGGGUAGAAGUCGAGUUAGGGAAUCGAGUCGGAAUCGGACGGGGAGUAGAGAAGGGCUGAGGAGUCAGAGUAGGAGUCAGAGUCGGGCUUUGGGGAGGGUCGAGGAGAGGGGCGCGAGGGGGCAGCCGUAUUGA